GUCACCUCAAGCACCAUACCCCUCCCUGUCCCUGUCCUUUCUAGAGUCCUCCCUCUCCUCCUCGACUCAACGCCUGUAAUUAUAGUCAUUAUGCCCCGUCAUCACGUCAAAGUCUUUCUUGACUCGCACCGUCAUUGCUUCUUUAACCCAUCAUUGUUGCCAAUGUCAAGGGCUCCACACCAUUGGAGCUGCCAAUUUUGUGGUACUUCAGGGAGCGCUGAGUCGAUGUCUCUGCAUCUGUGCACUUGUUGCCCUCAACCGAUCGUCCUUGUUGACAUGGCAUCUCCGGUCGACCGGAAGACACGUUCACUAGCCGGGUGUGCAGAGCAAGAGGCGGGACUCGAGCCACUCCCGCGAGCGCCGCUGGGGACGCCGGUGGAGGCAACGCGUAGAAUCAAGACAUGGCCACUUACUCACACCGCCUCUUCUCCCCUUGUCUCCUUUCUCCUCCAACCGGGAUCCACACUCGCUCUUGUAGCGGGUGCCGGUCGUCGACUUCAUCUUCUGACACUGCUUCACACUUCAUCUCCUUGCACCUGAGGCCUGCAUCCCGCUUCCGGACACGUUACACGCCUGGACGCUGCUGACAGGUCUACCCGGCUCUUGACUCGACAAUCAAGCUCACUGGGCAAGGACUACACUCAGUGUUGUAGU